AUGCGGAUAAACAAAAACAUUGACUUGAGUCUUGAAAGCAUCACAGUCUUGAAUAAGAGAGCAUUCAAAGAACACAUCGAAAGAAAAGAGAAGUUUCGAACAAAGAAGAAGAUGGAUGCCUCAGCAAGGGCGGUCCGUUGGAACUACGACGUGUUCUUGAGCUUCAGAGGCGGAGACACUCGCACCGGCUUCGCCGAUUUCCUCUACAACAGCCUGGUAGCCGCUGGGGUCCACGUGUUCAGGGAUGACAACGCGCUCCCGGUCGGAAAGCAGCUAGGCCCAGAGCUUUUCUGGGCCAUCAGGAGUUGUGGGAUCGCGAUCCCAAUCCUCUCCGAACAAUAUGCGGAGAGUAAAUGGUGCCUCCGCGAGCUUGCUGAGAUUAUGGAUUGCCACGCAUAUUAUGGCAAAUCAGUCUACCCUAUAUUCUAUAAGGUGGAUGUUGAUCAUGUUAGACUCCAACGCGGUAACUUUGAAGAGGCUCUACGUAAACAUAAGGAGCGGUUCAGCUCAAGAGAAGUGCUAAAAUGGCGGGAAGCGUUGACUGCUGUAGCAAGGAUUAGAGGAUGGAUAUCAAACACCGUUGCUAAUGGGCACGAAGGAGAACUGGUGAAUAUGGUGGUGGCAAAGGUUUCGAGUGAAUUGAAGAUGACAUGGAUCGAACGGCUCCCCAUGUUUCCUAUAUUGAUGUCUAAUUAUUGCGUAAGAUCAGUGCGUCAUUACUUUUUGCAGAAGAAAAGAAGAGAAAGUAAAUGGCAAGUGUUCUUGGCCUUUCGUGGCUCUGAUACUCGAUUUGGCUUGGCUGCUUACCUCUACAUCAGCCUUAUGGCUACAGGAAUCAGAGUGUUUAACGAUGAUGAUCCAUUCCUCAUAGGAAAAGAUAUUGAUCAUGAGACUCGCAAUGCCAUCGACUGCUGCAGGAUAUCCAUUCCGAUUCUCUCUGAAAAUUUUGCCAAAUCUAAAUGGUGCCUCGACGAGCUAGCUCACUUGGUUGAUUGCAAGAAAAGAAAGGGGCAAAAGAUAUUGCCCAUCUUCUAUAAAGUGACAACCUCACAUGUGAAAGAUCAAUUUCGAAAAGACAUGGCUCAAAAUAAGGAGUCGGUCGACGGAAAUAUUUAUGAGGGGUGGGAGCGAGCUCUCAAGGAGGUUGAGUCCUCCCACGUAUGGGUAUCGCAGAAUAUCGACAAUGGGCAUGAAGGGGUACUUGUAAAAUUGGUCGUCAAGGAGGUUUCGAGGUUGUUGAACGAUCCCCAAACACGUCCCACCCCCAAGCACAUCUCCCGUAUGUGA